AUGUCUUCGCCGCCGCGUUCUUCGCCGCCGCGCCCUACGCCGCCGCCGCGCUCUCCGGGUCGCCAGGCAGUUUCGGGGCCACGUCGUCCAACGCCGCCCCGUCGCUUCGUCCCUGACGACAGUUUGUUUACGGCCAGCUACUCGCUGAUUGGUGACAACUCUUCGACGGAUGACGAUCGCUACUUCAAGGCGAGCACGCAACUGCCUACGCCUGUUGAAGCUGUGCAGUGCACGCGCAUGUGGAUUCCCGCGGCGCGCCUGUCGGCUGAGCAUAGCACGGACGAGAUCCUCCAAUCAUUGGCAGGAGACUCUCAGCCCGCCAUUUGGCAGGCGCAUCGGGCUUCUUUGCGCGACUUUGUCCGGAUUCCGCACCAAGGAAUCUCCUUUCUCUGCACGUCCGACGCGGCUCUACACUCGUUGGGUGGUCUGGCGUUGCAGGUUUGCGGCUCGACGGUGCACAUCCGCAAGUAUUCGAAGUACGACAAACUGUACUUCGUGGAUCUGACUCGACUUCCUGGUGACGUGCCGGACCGGGCCAUCUACAAUUGGUUCGUUAACCGCGGUUCUCGUCCGGUUCUUAUCACCCCAACCUAUGUUGCGGGUGAGCUAAAGUCGCGCGACCGUACGGUGUACUUCCACGCGGUUCAGUGCCCUUCCGGUCUUUUUCUCGAGAAUGGUGAACCCCUUCGCGAGAUUUACUUCGAUCCUGAAGACAAGCCGUGUUUCGUUCAACAUCGGCUUCGCAAGCUCAACCGUGUCAAGCCUCCUUCGCUUCGCCGGGUGGCUACUUCGCGGGAAAUUCCUUUGGACGAUUUCGAUGAUGCGGCUAUGGAGAUAGAUGAUGUUGCGUCUCGUUCGUCGAAUACCGGUGGCCCACCUCCGGGGGAUUCUAUUUCGGCUGCCGUUCGGGCUUCUAAAGAGCGGCCUCACACUUCGCCCGCGACAACUCGGUCGCCGACGACACUACUUAUACUCGACUCUGUCGAGGCGGACGCGCCAACUUGGAAAUUGAUCCAAGCUUCUCGCCGAGGGAUUAUGCAGGAUGCCGGUCCUGUGUGUGAACCUACUGGCUUGAUGCCGUGCUCGCUUGCCGAGAUUUCUGAUGACUCGUCGGCGCUCAAGUAUUCGACGAUGGUCGACGUGUACAACACGUACGACGUUCUGACGGAUUCUGGAUUUGAUGACUCUCAGCCUCCGGACGUUGACAUUACGGUCUACGAUGAGCACCUCAACAGUGUGGCUGGAUUUACUGAGGAUUCUGAGUUGGUCAAUCGCUGUGCUGCUCACGCGCUGAUGGGCGCUCGUAAGCUAAAGCCGAAACGACAACAGCUUUCGGCUCUGGAACUGGACGCGCUGAUAGCUGAAUUUGUGACGAAGGACGUCAUGAAUUACUCUUCGCAUGAUGAUCUUCUUGCUGCAAUUCAAGUGCAGCCUGCGUAUCUACGCCACUUGUACAAGCUUCCGGCUGAGUGGCUUGAACGGACUUACCGUACACACGCGGUUUUUCGGGCGUCCCGUGGCGUUCGUCUUCCUGAUGGACAGAACGACAUACUUUCCUACUUGCAAUCCAAGUUUGAUGCUCCGGGGGCGUCUAUGACUCAGCUUUUCAACUCCGUGUUUCCCACGGAUGAGGCUCGCAGAGCUGCUUUGGCUUGGUCCAAGUGUGAUUUGUUUUUGAUGAUUUUCGCUCCUGGAAUUUACUUCGAUCCGGUCAAGCUCGCGAUGCUAAUGCCCGGAAACUAUUCGUGCACGCGUCUGCGAUUGACGCCGUUUUUAUUGUGGAGUGAUUUGAACCUGCAAUGUGUCACGCAAACGGAUGUCUUGGCGGUCUUUCUGACAGACCGGCGCACCCCAGACGAUGUUCGUCUCUCUAUUCAAGCUCUGAAGGACACUCCUCUUCCUGCGGUUGCGACCGCCUCAAGUCAAGUUGUUCCCGCUCAACUCUAA